AUGACGACAAUGGGCGGGGGGUGGACGGCCAUUCAGAAACGCGUAGACGGAUCCGUGAUCUUUGAAAGGAACUGGGCGGAUUAUAAGAAUGGUUUUGGUUCACCCGAACAGGAUAUCUGGGUUGGAAAUGACGUUAUCCAUCAAUUAACAAAAGAAAACUCAUCAUCAUUGUAUGUGUCCAUCACUCUCCAGAAUGGUACAACUCAGUAUAUAAUGUACGACCGAUUCUCUGUCUCCGACGAAGCAGGAAAAUAUCAACUCUUUCUUACAGGAGCUGCUACGGGGACCUUAGGAGACAGCAUGGGAAGAUAA